AUGGAUGUUAAUUCUUUUGCUAUUGCUAUUAUCGAUGGCGACGGCGCUGUUUUUCGCGACGAUUGGAUUAGGAAGGGCGAAGACGGCGGCGCGAUGGCCGCUCAUCAAUUGCGCGACGACAUUAAGAAGCAUCUUAAAGAAGCUUAUCCAGACGUUAACAUAGAAACAUGGCAUAUAAUGGUCCAGGUCGUUCUUAACCUCGAAGGCCUCUCCAGAAAGCUUUUUAGUGUUGACCUUGCGAAGAGCAUGAGCGAGCUAUCCGCCUUCGCUCGCGGAUUUAGUCGUGCUCAGGGUCUUUUUUCUUUUAUCGACGUCGGCAAGGGCAAGGAGCAGGCUGAUUUUAAAGUCCGCGAAACGCUGCGGUUGAUGGUGCAUAAUCUUCAGUGCAAGCAUAUUAUCUUUGGGCCUUGCCACGACAAAGGUUAUAUCGUCGAACUCAGGCCAUAUCAACUUGAGACAUCUGUUCUUAACAAGAUCACUUUACUUGAAACUACCCAGCCCCCGCGCGAAUUUAGCGAGCUGGCAUUCGGCAGAGUUAAGUUUAACGAUGUCUUUCGCUCUGAACUCCUUCCAGAAGGCUGGCUUCCACCGACUCCUCCGCCGUCGACAAACAAGCCAAACCCAAUAACACCAUCGUCAGUAAACAAGACAAUCAACUAUUCUGCCAUCGCUUCUUCGUGGACUAGCACGAUUCCGUUCGUCAAUAGUUUUAAAAAGCCUGUGGCUACGCCAGUGAAAUCGAUGAUGGCAUCUCCCCGCAAAUUUUAUUUCGUCAAUGCCUUGGGUCAGCGUGUCGAUGGACCCUUACCGCAAGCCGAUGCCUACUCCGAGCAGCGCUUCAAAGAGCGCUGCGAAGAAGAGGGAAACAGGAAGCCUUGCAACAGAGAUAUGCUUCGCCUUCGCUCCGCGGAUGGCAAACUUAUUCGCAUUAGCCGCGAGGCUGCUCGUUUUUCCGAGGUCCUUGCCGACAUGAUGAACGAUAUCGACGAGGAGGGGACCACUGAAAUCCCCAUCUCGGAAGUUGACGCAAAGACUCUGAUUCUCAUCGUUGAAUGGUGCGAGGCCACGGCCGUAACGAAGGCUGAGGAAGAGGCGAAAGACGAAGCCGAGAAGCUUGCAAAGGAGGCUCGUCGACUAACGCGCAAGCAGGCCCGGGAAGCGCGUGAAGCGGACCGGUUGGAGCGCGAGGCUCGGGGCGAGGAGGUCGGACCCCCGGAGCCGGCCAACGACGACUCGGAGAGCGACCAGGGGCCCAUCAAAUCCACCACCUACGAGAAUCCCUCCGAUGUGAUUCCCGCCUGGGACAAGGCGUUCCUAGACAGGCUCGACAAGGAGGAGGUCUUCGACCUGAUCACGGCGGCGAACUUCUUCGACAUCGAGGACCUCUUCAAACACUGCGCCAGGUGGAUUGCGAUGGUCGUUGACAACAUGUCGACGGAGCAGAUGCGUGAGUACUUUGGAGUCCAAAAUGAUUUUACCCCCGAGGAAGAGGAGCAGAUUCGCAAGGACCACGGGUGGGCUGACCCUGACCCAAGUUACUAUGACUAA